AUAUAAAUAUAAUUAUUACGUAAUAUUUUAAUUUUUUAAUGUGAAUCGAAUAUGGCCAAACACCUCUUUAAAUGUACUCCUAAAGAUUUGGCCUGAUGUCAUACCAAUAAAUCAAUAUCAUUAUGUUUGGUUAAGAGAAAUACCGAUGACCAACUUUUAAAUAAUAUAGAUGUCCUACAUAAAACAAGCUCGUAGCCUUGCCGAAAUAUUUGGGAAAAAUGUAUUUUUUACUCUUAAUAGACGCAAUCGCAGUCGCAGCCCGCUGAAACGCAACAAAAAUUCCAAAUCGACCAUAAAAUCGUAGAGCCAAAAGCUUUGUAGGCGGCAAAACACAGUGGCAUCAAAGCGAUUUCUAUGCAAGCGACGCCAAGGCGGCAGUUUUGAUUUUAUCAGCCUCGAAGAUGGAUUUGUAUAAAUAAUAAAGAUUGGCCCAAGCAGAAGACAGAAGCAAUUCGUAACUCGAAGUAGCAGAACCAAAUAAACCGUUUACACUAAGAUGCGUGCUUUUAUUGUUAUGUGUUUGGUGGCCGUUGCCUGCGCCGAUAAGCUGGGCUACAACUACCAGCCCGUUGGACACUCCAACCAAGGAUUAUCCUUCGCCCCUGGCAGCGGAAGCAUCAGCGGCGGUAGCUCGCUGGGUGGACUUGGCGGCGGUUUGGAUUCCGGCCUCAGCGGCGGCAGCAUUGGUGGUGGUUCCGGCCUCGGCGGUCUCGGUGGUCUCGGCAGCAUCGGCAACGGCGGUCUGUCCGGCGGAUCUAUUGAUGCUCCAGUCUCUUACAACGCCCCUGCCCCAGCUGCUGAAUUGGAGAAGGAGUUCUUCACCUUCACCGCCAACGAACAGGACUUCGAUGAGCCCCAAUCUUUGGACAAGGUUUCCAGCUCCCUGAACAAGGGUCUGCGUGUUGUCUUCAUCAAGGGACCCGAGAACCGUGGUCUGGAGAACGCUGCUCUCGCUUUGGCCAAGCAGGCUGCCCAGCAGGAGACCGCCAUCUAUGUCCUGAACAAGCAGGCCGAUAUCGGUGAUCUGGCAAACAAACUGAACUCCAUCCGCAGCAACACCAACAACAAGCCCGAGGUGCACUUCGUCAAGUACCGCACUCCCGAGGAUGCUGCCAACGCUCAGCGCGCCAUUCAAGGACAGUACGAUCAGUUGGGCGGCUCUUCCAAGGCUCUCGAUGGUGGUGUUGCCCCCGCCUUGAACUUUGCUUCCCAGGGUCCAGUGCGUCAGGUGUCCGCCCAGUCUCCUGACAACUCGUACCUGCCCACUUCGGUCUUCCGUCGUCUGCGUCGUUAAAUUGUUUUCUAGCUUAAGUACACAAUGACGAAAGUAGUGAACUUUAUUGUUACCAAUUGUUGACUAAUGCCUAAUCUCACAUAUAAACCAGAAAUAGUAAUUUUAU